CGCUGCCAUCGUAUUGGAUACGCCCGCACAUCAUUGGACCAUUCCGUCUUGCCUUGGACCGGGUCUCCAAAACUAACCCCUUUUAUCGUCAGCAUCGCCACUUUGUGGCUUCAACUGUGGAUGCCUGGCUUUCGAGAGCUUUCUGCUCAGUUCACUUUGAUACCAAACAGUCACCUGUGUUUUAGACAUCACGACUCAAGAUGAGUCAUGAUGAUGGCGACCAGCAUUUGACUCAAAACUGCCAAUCCAGACAGUCAUUCGCCUGCCUUACCCUUUUGGGACUAGCUGUCCCGUGAGCUCCACCCGCCGCCCGCAAAUAUACAUCCGCUCCGAUACCUGCUUCUUGCCAUGUAGUUCACCAGUCUAUUCAUCUUAUCCUACAGCAGCUCAUUUCAAGGCAUUCCAACAUGAGCAACGCACGAACAGGGGGCUCUGCGGGUGCUAGCUCUGCUGCCGGUCAACGACCAGUGUCCAAAGCAGAAGCCUCGAACCCGCGAGAGUUUCAGCUCAACCAGCUCAGAAGACGGUUCCAUCCGACAGAAACCAGCAAUGACGAUGGAACGACAUUGAGUUUCGGCUUGGCUCCCUCGGAUCCUGACUUUCCGUUUGAUAUGGACAAGCUUCAGUGUAUCUUGCAUAUUCCCGGGACAUAUCCCGCGCAAGGACGGCCGUCUAUCAAAGUCACCAAUCCUGAAAUGGGCAGUGCGUUUCAGGAAAACAUCUCGAGAGGAUUUGAUGAUAUAGUCGAUAGCACUAUCAGAAGUGGUAGUCGUGGGACUUUGCUCAGCUGGAUGAACAGUCUCGAUCGGCAUUUGGAGCGUUUGCUCACUACUACGGAACGGGGGCCGACGUUGAAAUUCGUGCCUAACGUGGGCGGCAAAGGGAAGUCGGAGGAGCAGAAGCUAGUGUCAAACAUGAGUUCUCUAGCUGUGUCUUCUGGGAAGAAGACCAAUUCGAUUCAGAUGGAAGCAGCGAGCCCUCAGCCUCCGAAACCCGUAUACACCGCGGAAGAGAAGGCUCAGGCGGAGAAAAGAAGAACAGUUGAGACGAAGCAACUUGACGCUCGUCUGGGAAGGCUGCCUCUUUUUCAAAAGUCCAGCGAUGGUCUGUCGUUCGUUAUUCCAAUCCAACCGACUAAGCUAGAUCGUCUGCCUAUUUCUGUUCGCUCCGUCAAGACAGUGAAGCUCCUAGUGCCUAGCUUGUAUCCUCUUGAACCGAGCACUGUUCAUUUGCAGGGCAUUGAUAGCCCAGAAGGACGAGCUGUGGAAGCUGGCUUCUCGCAGUGGCUUGAAGGGAACAAGCAGUUGAAUCUCGUGUCUCAAGUGAAUUACUUAACAAGCAAUAUGCAUAAAUUCGCCAAAACACCGCUAAAAGCUCCUGAACCAGCUCCUGUGCCCGUGGUAUCUGAUGAUAUAGUACCCAGCGAGCCUCCAUCUCAAGCAGAAGGAGUGACAUUGGAAGAUAAACCACACGUUCACGUUGUGCCCCGCCCUCCUGAAUGGGCUGUGGGUGAUAACGGUAGUGACACUGACGACUCGGAGAUGACUCCGUCUGAGGAUGAGUUUUCUGACGACGAUGAGGAAGAAGGCGGGGCUCCCGUUCCAGAUCUUCCGGCGCCUACGACGGCUGAGCGUGGUGUCGCCCUCUCUUUCCCUUUUCUGGAGCUCUACGGAAUCGAGCUUUUGGAGCUUGUAGGUCUCUACAUCACCAUAAAGUGUGAUCGAUGCAAAGAGCAAUUGGAUGUCAGAAAUAUUCCACAGAUCAAGGACAAGAGUGAUGAGCUGUCUCCUAAGAUCGAGAGUUGCAAGAAAUGUGCAAACACCAUGAGCCUCGGGUUCCGUCGACAGCUUAUGCAUCCUAGUGCUACUCGUGCGGGCUAUCUUGACUUGGAUGGGUGCACAGUCGUUGAUCUUCUACCUAGUAGCUUUAUCCCAACCUGUGCGGAAUGCUCAACAGCGUUUCCCGCGCCUGGUGUUGUUGCAGUUCGGGGCGAAAGUGCCAUGGCGAACUGCCGACAAUGUCACCGCAAAAUGGUCAUGAAAAUUCCAGAAGUCAAGUUUCUGAAAGUGGGGUCGGCAGCAUAUUCAUCUCGAUUCCGCGAGCCUCCACGGAAGAAGCCCAAGGAAGUUCUCGGCAUCGUUGCUGGUCAAGAAUUGCCUCGUCGUGGCCGCUGUACGCACUAUGGCAAGAGUUAUCGUUGGUUCAGAUUCAGCUGCUGUGCGAAGGUCUUCCCUUGCGAUAAAUGCCACGAUGCCGCUACAGACCAUCCCAAUGAGCAUGCUAACCGUAUGAUAUGCGGCUUUUGCUCACGAGAGCAAAUCUACCGGCCCGAAAAUUGCGGAAUAUGCCGGGCAGUGCUGAUUGGCAAAGCCGGUAGCGGAUUCUGGGAGGGCGGAAAAGGAACGAGAAACAGAGUACUUAUGAGUCGGAAGGAUCCACGUAAAUACAAGCGUCGUGGGGGAACAGCACCAGGCGGUGCCAGUUCCUCGAAGAAGUAGUAGACUAGCGACACGAUGAAUGAAAAUAUAUAUUCCCGCGUGGGGAAUGCAUAUAUAUCCUUUGUAAAGAACCUAUACAAGGAGGAUGAAGUGUAGACUUUUGCACAAAUACUUACCAC